AUGCCGGCUUUCCUCCCGCCCCUCUUCUCCCGCCGCCCGGCACUCCAGCCGGCAGCAUCUGCACCAAUCGCUGCUCCCGGAACGUCCUUCCGCGUCUUCCAGCCAAUCACAUCAAGCCGAAGUGGCAGCGCUCCCGCAGCGCCAGCGCCCGCGGCCGGUACGCAGCCACGUGGUCCGGGGGCUGUCCACGUGGCACGGGUCGCGCUGCUGGUCGCCGUCGCUGCUGCGCUCAUCGCGUGCGACGUGUGGGGGCUGCACCCGUGGAACAGGGGCGUCGCACACGUCGCACACGUCGCACAGGUCGCACAGGAGGCUCGGAAUGGGCAGGGGGUGUCGCAGGCGAGCCAUCUAGGGGCGGGAGAGGGCGGGAAAACCGGUGAUACCAGUAACGAUGAUGACAGUAACGUUGGUGAUAGUAGGGGGGCCAGCAGCAGCGGUGCAGUGGAGUACAGAGGGGCGCCGUGGAAGGCUGAUAUGGGGCGGUGGCUCCUGGCGUGUGGCGACCAGCUGCCGCCUGUGACUGUAGGCGAGGCGCUCUGCUCCCAGGCGUGUCCCGGCAACUGCAGUGGCAACGGCGUGUGCAACCACGAGCUGGGGGAGUGCAGGUGCCGACACGGGUUCUCAGGCCCUGACUGCUCCCAGCUGCACCUGCACCAGUGCAACCUGCCGGCGUCACCCGAGUGGCCCGUGGGUACCUGGGUGGCGUCCAUCUGCCCGGCCCACUGCGACACCACCACCGCCCUCUGCUUCUGUGGGAAUGGGACGAGGUUCCCCCAUCGCCCAAUUACCCACCCCUGUGGGUUUGUGUACAGAAACCACGACUUUGUGUACAGCGAGGUGGACACGGACCUGCUCUUCCACGCCCACACCGGCUACUGCAACGCGGAUCCCCGUGUGGGCUUUCAGCGCGACUACACGGGGUGUGGCAUGUGCGAUGUGGACGGGUACUUAGGGCCCUUCUGUGACGUGCGUGUGGAGUCGUUCUGCCUCAACCAGUGCUCUCUGCACGGCACGUGCCACAGAGGGUACUGUGAGUGUUCGCACGGUUUCUUCGGCAUCGACUGCAGUGUGCCGUCCGCCUCUCUCCUGGACUCUCUACUCUGCCCCGAUUCACUUGUUUACAUUCUCUGUCCCAUCCCACACUCCUCCCUCCAGUGUUCGCACGGUUUCUUCGGCAUCGACUGCAGUGUGCCGUCCGCCUUCACGCCUCGUGCACUCUUCACGCACCCAUCUGAAUCGCUCCAGCUGGAUUCGCCGCCCGCUGACGUGGCAUCAACGGCUGUCGACGCACCGUUGGCCAGCAAGGAUGGGGGAAGAGGCAGCAGAAGCAGUGUUGGGGACAUUGAUGGCUCCGUUUCCACGCCUGGUAGUGCUGCAGGCAACACCCCUCCUGGGGAUGUGCCGAGCCGCCGAGUGCUGCAUGGUGCAGGCGGGGAGGAGACGCACCACAGACUACUGGCCCGUCUUGGUGCUGCUGCUGAGGGUUCUGCUGCUGAGGCUUUUGCUGCUGCCGCUGCCACUGCUGCUGCUACUGCAGGCGCCAAGUCAGGGUGGCAGACGAGAGUGGUGAACCUGGCAGCACAGCAGCAGGUGAAGCCAUUCGUGAGGCGGCAGUGGGAGCAGCGGCGGGGCAAGGCGGCAGUGGGCAGCAGCAGCAGGCGGUGGGUGCGGCGGCGGCGACCGCUGAUCUACAUCUAUGAUUUGCCCGGGGAGUUCACGUUUCACCACAUGGAGGCGAGGAAGAUCCGUGCCUACUGCACCACUCGGCUGUAUGGCAUGCGCAAUGAGACGCUGUACAACCACUUCCAGCUGUACGGCAUGGAGGUGAGCGCAUGGUGGGAGGUGACGAGCCAGGUGGCAGUGUUAGAGUCGCUGCUAGCCAGUCCCCACCGCACCAUCAAUGCAUCAGCAGCCGACUAUUUCUUUGUGCCCGUUUUGGGUGCGUGCAUCACUGCGCGCGCUGACGACUCGCCUGCCACUUCUAUGCAGGGCAUCAUGCUGUCACUCUGGGGCAACACCAUGGCCAUGCACAACCACUGCUUCCCAUCUCCCUUCCUCUACCUGUCAUACCUGCAGACCUCCCUCCGGGAUGAGGGGACCUUCCCCUGGGACGAGGGAGCAUGCAGCGCCCCGGGGGACGUCUUUAAGGGCAUUAUUCUAUCGUACUGGGGCAACACCAUGGCCGCCCACAACCACCACCACCCACUUCCCUCGCUCACUGUUUCCCCCUGUAUCACCUCUCUCACCUCUAUCUGUCAUCCCUGUCCUGCCUGCAGACCUUUCCCUGGGACGAGGGUGCCUGCAGUGCCCCUAAAGACUCCAGUGGAGCAAUGGAAGCGUUUGUUCUUCUUUGGAGGCAACUUGGGGCUCAACUUCUCCCACGGCCGCCCCGAGGCCAACUACAGCAUGGGCAUCCGGCAGCGAGUGGCGCUUUACUUUGCAUCGCAGCCCAACCGGCAUGGACACGUGGGCCUGCUGUCUCGCCCUGACGUGCUCGUGCUGCCAGGGCCUGUCCCAGACUAUGCACUGCAGCUAUCACAGGCGCGAUUCUGCGGGGUGUUUCCGGGCGAUGGUUUCAGUGCCCGCAUGGAGGACAAAACGCAGUUCCACUCUCUCUCCUCCUGCCCAGUCUCCCCACUCCCCCUCCCCACUCCCCCUCCCCACUCCCCCUCCCCACUCCCCCUCCCCACUGUGCAUGCUUCCACAGCUCGCAUCAUCGCGCUUCUGCGGGGUGUUCCCGGGGGAUGGCUUCAGUGCGCGCAUGGAGGACAGUCUGCUGCAUGGAUGCAUCCCCUGUAUCAUCCAGUGCGAAUAGCAGAAGCCGACAUCCCCAACCUCGUCACCGUUCUCAACUCCUUCUCAUCCCGCCAAGUGCGGGCCAUGCAGCGGGCGGCGAGCCUUGUCUGGAUGCGGUGGUUCUACCGGUCGGCAGUGUUGCUGGAGGCCGGGCGGCAGAGAGUGCAGGGGAAGGACGUGGGGGAGUGGGUGGCGGAUUUGGAGGGCAUGGAGGGGGAUGAUGCGUUAGGAUCCCCUUGCCGCGCCGCGAAUACCGGCGGCAGAAGCGGCGAGGAUCGCGGAGAUGCGCCUAGCGACGCCAAAAAUAAUGCGGGUUCAGGAGCCGGAGGGAGCUUCUUAAAAGCGAAGUCGCUGGAUGGGGUAGUGGAGGAUAUUAAGGAGGAGUUUAGGACGGACGUCCGCGACGCGCAAAUUCUGCUUGCAGCGAUCCGGGCAGCUGUGAUCGGGGCAGUAGAAAACAUCUUCGGGUCUGCCCGCGAGCAAGCAGCAGCAGUGAAGCGGCGCGGCCUGCCAAAGCUGCUGGCUGCGAAGCGAUGGCACCAAGUGGACCAAUGGAAGGUGAGUGACGUGGCGGGGAACGCUCUGGGGGAUCAGCAUAAGACCACGGAAGGCGGAAGGCUCAAGGGAACAGCAAUGUUACUACUAGGGAAUCAGGACCAUAUCCGUGAUGAGUCAAUUUGCAAACGUUUAGGUCUGGGAGGGGAGGGGGGGGGAGGAGAUCUUGGAGCCAUGCCACAGCACCCCCAGUCGGGGGCGGCAGCUCCAGCCGAGGUGACUUAUGAUUCGACCCAAAAGUCCCCCCCUUUUUCUCUCCCCGGCCAAACUGGCCAUGCCACAGAACCUCCACUCAUGGACGGCGCUGCGCAACCCCAGUCGUGGACGGUGCUACGGUGGGUUGUAGCGGCGCUCUACCUCGCCGCUACAGCCGUCUUCUGCCAGGCGGCGGGCCGCACUGUAGCUGCCAGGCUGGCGAGCCGGCCGGCCACGGUGGAGCAGUUUUUGGAGUUUGCCAUUCCAGAACCCACCCCAGAGAACGUCCGCCUUGUGCGGGAGCAGCGGUGGCGUGCACAGGCACCACCAGGGCUGUCAGUGGUGAAGUGGAGGAUGGACCGAGACGGGCGGUGGGAGAAGGACCCUUCCUUUGUGGGCGAAACCGCGUGGCAGGAUCAAGGCUCUUUGGACCGAUCCACGGCCACUGGGCUGCUGACACGUGGCAGUGAGGAUGCUGGUGCCACGAGCAGCAGUGCCACAACUACUGCUGCUGUUUCUGCUGGUGCGGCUGCCAGCAGCAGCAAGGGCGGGUGGAGGGAGCGGUUGCAGCGGUGGGAGGAGGCAGUGGUGGAGGGCGAUAUCAAGGACCUCUUUGAACAGCCCUCCAGCCGCUACGAGUACGUGUAUGACUGGGACCUCAUUCAAGCGCAGCAGGAGGAGGAGAUGGCGAGGCGGGCUCGGGGGGGGGGCGACGCGGACAGCCCAGCAGUGUGGCUGCAGCGGCGGUGGUGGAAGCACCGACCGGGCAUGCCGUACGUGUGGCUGCUGCACAAGAUACAGACCAACGAGGUGGACGCUGCUGUGUUCUCUGCUGACAUGCGCCGCCUCUAUGUCACCAUGAAGGACGGGUUUCCCGCUGAGUUCAAGGUGGAUAUCCCAAUCGACCCCUUCCUCUACCCCUCGCUGCUGCUCAAGGGAGUCAACGUGGACAUGCUGCCGCGCUCGCGCCUCUUCUUCCUGCGCGGGGUGGCGGCGCUGCUGCCCUCGCUACUACUGCUGGGCGGCAUUGGGGCGGCGCAGACCGUCUUCAAGCGUCGUGUGGACGAGAAGAUCCAUGAUUACAUCUACAUGGAUAGGUCGCAGCUGCUACUGCCCGAGGACGUGCACAGGGAGGGCCAGCGCAGUGCAUAUGACGAUGUGGUGAUGGCGGAUGACAUAUGGGAGGUGCUGGAGGAGGUCAUGGCGUACAUGCGCGACCCCAUGCUUUUCCACUCGCAGGGCAUCAAGCUGCCUAGAGGCAUUCUGAUCAGCGGCCCACCGGGCACGGGCAAGACACUGCUGGCGCGGUCCAUUGCACGCGAGUGUGGGCUGCCGUUUGUGUUCACAUCUGGGGCGGAGUUUGUGGAUUCCACGUCCGAGUCGGGGCUGGAUAAGGUGUUCAACAUCUUCUUCACUGCGCGCGCUAAUGCGCCAGCAUUCCUAUUCGUGGACGAGAUCGACGCCCUGGCGGGCAAGAGUGUGCUCAAAGACCCCGAGAGGCGCGACGUGUAUGAGGAGUUCCUCGCAGAGCUGGACGGCGAGGAGGAGCACACAGACGUGGACCGCUUCUCGCUGCGGCAAUCUGUGAUUCUGAUCGCCGCAACCAAUCGACCGGACGAGUUGGACGAGGGUCUGACCAAGGCGGGGCGCAUCGACCGUGAGAUCCACGUGGGGCUGCCCAGCGAGGAGCAGCGCAUCGCCAUCUUUGGGGUUCACUCCAGGAACCGCUUGCUCGCUCCGUCAGUUGACUUCUCCAAGAUCCACGUGGGGCUUCCGAGUGAGGAGCAGCGCAUUGAUGGCAAUGUGGACUCUUCCAAGGUGGCUUUCCGCAUGAUAGGCUUCUCAGGUGCAGAUAUCCGCAACUUGGUGAACGAGGAGGGCAUCAUGGCCGUGAGGCGAGGGCACACGGUGAUCGAGCAGACCCAAACCACAACCCACCCCUCUCCCUCACCCCUACCACCAGGUGGCCUUCCGCACAAUCGGGUUCUCAGGUGCGGAUAUCCGCAAUCUGGUGAACGAGGCGGGCAUCAUGGCCGUGAGGCGACACCAAGUAGGCCGAAACCACAACCCACCCCUCUCGAAACCCCUACCUGUCAGGUUGCCUUCCGCACGAUAGGCUUCUCAGGCGCGGACAUUCGCAAUCUGGUGAACGAGGCGGGCAUCAUGGCAGUGCGGCGAGGGCACACGGUGAUCGAGCAGGGUGACGUGGUGGCAGCGCUGGACAAGCAGCUGUUUGAGAGCCUCGGGAUCUCCAUGACCGAUGAUGAGCAGCAGAGGCUGUUCGCUAAGGUCCCAGCGGAGGUGAGGAGGGUGCUGGCAGUGCACGAGGCGGGCCACGUGCUGCUCUCACACCUCUUCCCCGCCUUCGACUGGCACGCCUUCACGCACAUCCUCCCCGGCGGCCAGGAGCGGGCACUGUCGGUGUUCUAUCCGCGACAGGAGAUGCUACUCAAGGGCAGCACGAGUGUGGGGUACCUGCACAUGCAGAUGGUGGUGGCGCAUGGCGGCAUGUGUGCCGAGCGCCUUGUGUUUGGCGACGACCAUGUCACGGACAACGGCCAGGACGAUCUCAUGAAGCUCUCCCAGAUCGCACGGGAGAUAGCAAGCAGCCAUGCGAAUCCACGGUUUGGUCUGCUGCCCAUCACCAUGCACCCCAUCAUGGAGCCGCCAGGCUUCCCUGAUGAAGUCGAGCUCAUCCCCUCCUCCUGGACGCGGCCGGGCACGCAGGUGGCAUCCAUGUCAGUGGAAAUGUCUGAGAUCUUCACGCGGGAAGUCACGUGGAACAUAGAGCUGACGGAGCGCAUGGCAAUGGAUGCAUUGAGGCGCAACAGGGCCGUUCUGGAUAGAAUCACGGACCACCUCGUGGAGCACUUCCGCAUCUCCGGCCUCGAGGCGGGGGAGAUUGUGCACUCUAUGCAGCCGCAAAUGCUGCCCGACUUGCUCGAGCCAGAGACAGAGGCAGAGGCAGCACAGGAGGAUGCUGCAACUGCCACGCCUCCUGACUGGAACCCGGAGCAGCCAGGGCGGUACCAGUACCUGGACAUCUACCCUGCCCCCCUGCACCGCUGCUGA